AUGUCGGCGACCAUGUCGACAGACCUCUUCAGGUUCGACGACGACGACCAGGUCUCCCCCUCCGACGCCCUGUUUCCCCCGAACCUCUCCCUCCCCGGCGACUUCCUCUCCCCCGACUCGCUCUCCAUCUCGCCGCGCUCAUCUUCCAACCCUUCGCUCUCGACUUCGGGCGACUCCCCACUCUCCUUCACCACCGACGAGUACCUCCUGAACAACUCCUUUGGCACCGAUGCCCUCGACCUUCUCAUCUUCCCCGAGGACGACAACAAUCUCCUGAACACCAACCAGAACCAGACCGCCAAUGCGACCCCGUCCAAGCCUCAGAUCCAGGAGACCAUCCCGCUGCUUCCCCAGCAGACAUUUGACGGCCUUCUGAACCAGUGGCGCAUGGAGCUGCCCCAGGCCCCCUUCUUCCAGCAGCAGCACCAGAUGCCCCAGCUUGUUGUUCCCCCGUCCGUGCAGCAGCAGGCUCCGCCGCAGCCCCAGCCUCAGCCGCAGGCGCAGGUCCAGCCCGCUCCUGUCGUCAAGGCUAGCCCGGCUCCCCCUCCCCGCCGUUCUGCACCGAACGCUCCACUGAACAAGCGCGCGACGACUCCCCCGACCAACGUCGGCAAGCACAACAAGACCGAACGCCGCUACCGCCAGAAGGUGCAGCAGGCGCAGGGCGACCUCCGUGACGCCGUCCCCGCCCUCCGUGUUCUUUACGGCACCUCGACCGAGGAGCAGAAGGCGACGACCGACAUUCGGGCUCCGGAUGGCACCGUCGACGGCCUCGGCGAGGUGACCCGCCCGAACGCGUCGGCCAAGGCGACCAUCCUGAUCGGAGCGCGCAUGUACAUUGAGCUCCUGCAGCGUCGCACGGCCACGCUUCAGCGCAAGGUCGACGAGCUCGAGAACUUCCGCCUCAUGGCCGAGGGACCCGUCAACUUCGAGAACUGGCGCGCCGACUUUAACCAGCGCGAGGCCGUCAUUGCGGCGCAGGCUGCUGCGCUCGCUGCUGCUCGUGAGAAGGACGAGUCGGGCGAGGACGAGGAGGACUCGGACGACGGCGAGGCACCCCGCAAGCGCAAGCGUGUCACGAAGAAGGCGCCCGCUUCCAACAAUGUCCGUGCUUUCGCUGCGUUCGCGGCCACCUUUGCCCUCGUCCCCAGCUCGAACGUGUACACACCGUCAACGGCUCAGACGGCGCAACAGCUCAGCGAAAUGUCCAAGGGCAAGGUUCUCGCGCGCCUUCCCUUCAUCACGGCGGAGCACUCUUCGCGCCUGCUCGCGCGUGCGCUCCCGACCGCCCUGGUUCCCUCUCCGAACCUCAUCGUUGACUGGACGAUGCGCAUCUUCUUCACCAUGUUCCUCGUGUGGCUGUUCGGCCCCUUGGUCGAGCGCGCUGCCCGCAAGCACAGGCACAAGGAGACUGGAGCUGGUACGCUCAGGAGCAUGGCGAAGGAUGUCGUGUCCAUCAACAAGCCCGAGAAGCUGUCGCCAGAGUGGAACGCGCUCGCUGCCCAGAUCGUCGGCGGCAUGCUCAAGCCCUCGCCUCUCGUCAAGGCCCAUGUUGCGCUGCGCCUCUACCGCGCCAACGAUGCCUACUCGCUUGCCAUGCUCGCGCUCAUGGCGCCUGAGUACUCGGGCAAGAUCUGGGUGCACGCGCGCGCCAAGGCUGAGCCGGGGACGCUGGCCACUGUGCUCGCUCUUCCGCUCGAGGAGGCCGCACGCAGCCUCGAGCUCGUCCCGCCCACCACUGCGCCCAUUGCCGCCAUCAGCGAGCAGAUCAACCUCGUCCACCUCUACGACCUGUACAGCCGGUUCUUCGUCCGUCUCGUUUCCGCGGUCGGCAAGGCGUCCACUCUCUCUGGCAUGCUCGCCGCGGUCAAGGGCAGCGAUAUGGCUCUUGACGGCUUCGACGCCGAGAUCCGCGCCGUGCUGAAGGGCGUCCCCCGUCACUCCACCUCGCACGCCCUCGGCCUCGUGCUCCUUGGUCUCUGGGGCCUGUUCAGUGGGUACGCCUCUCCCGCCGUUCUCGUCUCCGCUCUCGCGAACGAGGAAGUCCAGGGCCCGCCCCUCCGAAGCGUCUCCGUCAUGCUCGAGCUGCUGUACCCGGGCAGCUCGCACCCGCAAACGAGCGAGCUCCCCAUCCCCUCUAACGCCAAGGCGAUCGACAAGCUCGCCGUCGCGUGUAUCGGCUUCGUCGACCUCAUGACUGGGUCGACGGAACAGAGGCGUGUGCAGAAGGAGGCGGCGCGUCUCCGUCUCAUUCUGACGCAGGCAACGUUCGUCGGGCUCGACGACGGCGAGGAUGGCGUGUUCGAGGACGCUAGGCAGAAGCUGGUCGGCAUUCUGGCCAAUGUGGGCCGCGCGGCGAGUGGGCGUGGCAUCCGCGCCGACGACUCGGGAUUAGAGACGGAUGAUGAGUGGUAG